AUGGAUAAUACAAGCCCAUUUCAAAUGGUUGGGAUGAACAACAAUAUCAUUAAUAACAGCAAUAUUCUCUCUCAAGAUUUCAUCUUUCAAGAUUUCAUGGACGAAACAAACUUCGAUCAGUUCAUAAGUCUCAUCAGAGAAGACAAUAUUAUUAAUCAAUCCGCAGUUAUGGAUGCCUCAGUUCGCGAUUUCGGUUCCAUGGUCGGAACCCACUUCGGGCCAAUCCCAUCAUUAAUCCCCCAGCCGCCGGUCUGCAAUGAUCUUUAUCAUGAUGGAGCUGGUGCUGAUGUUGAUCUGUUUAACAUAUUGAAUGUCGGCGGCGGCGGCGGCGGCAUAGGGGAUAUACUUAGUACUCCGGACACGGCGCAGGACCAGGUCAUGUUAUUACAGUACGAUGAUCAGGAUGAUCCAGAUGAGGAAGAUUAUUCGUCGGCGACCACCAUGACUAGAACAACCGGAGGGAAUAGGGGGUCUAAAAGCGAUAGGUCGCGAACUCUGGUAUCUGAGAGGAAACGGAGGGGCCGCAUGAAAGAGAAGCUCUAUUCUUUGCGCGCUUUGGUUCCAAACAUUACUAAGAUGGACAAGGCAUCCAUUGUUGGAGAUGCUGUGCUUUAUGUGCAGGACCUUCAGCAGCAGUCCAAGAAGCUAAAAGCCGAGAUCGCCAACCUCCAGUCUUCCUCCUCCUCCUCCUUAGCCACCAACGGAGAAAGAAACGACCAACGGUCCUCGACGGACACUUCAACAAUCAUUCGUCAUUCCCCAUCAUCAAUAUUAUUGAACCAAUCUCCUUUUAACUACUCGAUAAUCGAGAUGGACAUGUUCAAAGUGGAAGAAAGAGGGUUGUAUGUGAGAGUGGGGUGCAAUAGAGGAAAAGGUGUUGCUGUUUCAUUAUACAAAGCUUUGGAGUCUUUAACCGCAACCUUCAAUAUUUUGAACUCUAACUUGGCCACGGCUACUACUGAUCAGAUGAGGUUCAUUUUCACUUUCACCCUCAAUCAGGUGAGAUCAGGAUCUGAUGAUCAGGAGGAGGCUGCAGAAAUGAACCUUCAAACUCUUAAGUUAUGGAUUGCGGGUGCAUUCAUGAACCAAGGGUUUCACUUCAAAUUCCAACCCUAG